AUGCUACUAGAAACGUUCGGUAUAUUCCAAACUACUGCGAUUAUCAUCGCCGGAUAUUGUAUCGCAGUCUCAAUCUAUCGCUUAACAUUACAUCCUCUGGCUAAGUACCCGGGGCCAUUGCUGGCAAGAGUUUCAGGGUGGCCUGAUGCUAUUUCAGCCAUCAAAGGCCGCAGGCAUAUUGACCACUAUCAACUACAUUGUAAAUAUGGUAGCGAUGUCGUGCGUUAUGCACCCAAUUGUCUGUCCUUUAAUACUGUCAAGGCAUUAAACGACAUCUACGGCAACAGAAACGCAAACUUGGUUAAAUCUGGGUGGACGGCGGCUUCUGAGUACAUCAAUCAACCCGCCAACUUGCACACAUAUUCAGAUAAACAGCAACAUGCGCAGAGGAAGAAGCUGCUUGCACACGCCUUUUCCGAGAGUGCUCUCCGGACUGCAGAAGAAUUUAUGCUGGAGAAGAUUCGUGCCUGGUGCGGCUAUCUAGACCAAGAAGGUAAUCACGAAGUUGACCGACUUGGAUGGAGCGAAGCAAAAGACAUGGGCCACUGGUCAAACUUACUGACACUCGAUAUUCUUGGAGAGCUCUGCUUCGGCGCGAGUUUCGGUGGAAUGGAAGCUGGCGACCAUAACGUUCUUGACAUGGUGAUCUUUAGCGCAAGGCUAAUCCAGAUGAUCGCAUAUCUCCCGAUCAAACUGCUGAUCUGGCCUAUCCUCAGAAGUCCGAGGCUUCUUUCCGCCAUCUCGGCAGAAACAUCUAAGCGUCGGUGGGCUCUACGUUUAAAGAUGCGUGAACUCAUCGAAAAACGAUACCAGAUGGAGCUCCAAACCGAAAAGGAAGGCACUACGACGCGAAAGGAUUUCUUCCACCAUCUACUUCGCGCGCAUGACCCUGAAACUGACGCUCGGAUAGAGCCAACAGAGCUUGUGGGUGAGGCAGUCUUACUUGUUGGCGCUGGGUCUGAUACUUCAUCCACGGCGAUUGCCUCGUGUCUCUUCUACCUUAUUCGAAAUCCAGAGGCACUUAAGAAACUCGGCCAAGAAGUUCGAGGAGGUUUCUGUGACGUCGAGGAAAUUCGCUCUGGAUCUAAACUCUCGUCACUGCUUUAUCUUCGAUCAUGUGUUAACGAAGCUAUGCGUAUGACACCUCCAGUUCCCGGAGUGCUGUCCAGGAAAAUCCUUCCUGGUGGAGCUGUAAUUGAUGGACAUCAACUUAACGCCGGCACGAUAGUGGGAGUACCGAUCUAUGCGAUCCACCAUCAAGAACGAUAUUUCCCCGAUUCAUUCUCCUUCUUACCAGAGCGAUGGAUUCUAGGUUCCAAGACACCACUCUUCGAUGUUACCGACGAAAGCCUUGCCCUGGGACGAUCUGCCUUUUGCCCAUUCAGUCUUGGUAGCAGACAAUGUAUUGGGAAAAAUAUGGCCUAUAUGGAGCUUUUAGUUAGUAUUGCAAGACUCAUAUGGCUAUUCGAUCUUCGUUUCUCCAGGACCGCUGUUACUGGAGGAGGCGACCCAAAAUUGGUGGAAGCUGGAAGGGACCGAACGAAUGAAUUUCAGUUGCAUGACUGGCUGGUUUCGGCUAAAAAAGGCCCCUUUGUCGAAUUCAGGAAGAGGCCUACAAUCUAA